CGCGCGCGCCUCCGGAAGAGCAGAUAAACCGAUUUUCCAUCAACCGAUGCGCUGGUAGCUCGGAAUAAAAAAAAAGUAAAAACCCACCAUCACAAAAUGGGCCGUCCGUUUUUGUGUACUUAAACUGUUUCAAUUUGCAUUGACUGAGCAUUGAGUGAGUGAGUGCAGCUUGGGUGAGCAAAGAAGCAAUUUUGUUCGCCAAAAGGAGCAAAAAACGUCACCAAAAGCGGUAUUACAAUGGGUGCGAGAUUCUGCUACUACGGACUGGGGGCACUUAUGGCCCUCUGUGGUGCCCUCGGCACUGUACACGGUGAUUUUUCCUACGAAGACCCGGACCGUUGGGCCGAUACCGACCCGGACUGUGCCGGUAUGCGGCAGAGCCCGAUCGACAUCGUGCGCUCGAUGGCGGUGCUGGCACCGCUCGAUCAUGCCGCACCGUUGCUGAUCGAAGGCUCAACCCGCAAGCCGGUUUCGAUCAAUGUUACCAACAACGGCCACACCGCCCAGUACACGUUCGCCUGGGCCAGCCCUAUCGAGCGACCGACGCUGGUCGGUGGACCGCUCCCGGUCGGCGCCCCGUACGUGUUGGAGCAGAUGCAUUUCCACUGGGGCGCUGAUAAUGGGCGCGGUUCCGAGCACACGUUCGAUGGGAAGUCGUACGCGGCCGAGGUGCAUUUCGUGUUCUUCAAGCUGGAGUACGGCACGUUCGAGCAGGCCGUUACCCAUCCGGACGGGUUGUCGGUGGUGGGCGUACUGUACGAGAUCGGGGGGGAUAAGGUGCGGCCCGGUGCGAAGUGGGCUAGACCGUUGCCGAAAAUUCGGACCGCCGGCACCACCGUCACGCUCGAAGGUGGUGAAGUGUUUAGUCUCAGUUCGGUGGUGAAUGCGGACUGGUUGCGGUACUACUCGUACCCGGGCAGCCUGACCACACCGCCCUGCUCGGAGAGUGUCAUCUGGAUCGUGCGCAACGCACCGUCACCGAUCGCGCAGAAGGAUCUGGACGAGCUGAGGAAUUUGCGCGUCUCGUACGAUCAACCGCUGGUGGAUAACUUCCGUCCGGUGCAGCCGCUGAACGGGCGUACGGUGGCGCGCUACGGGUUCUAGGAUGACUUCCACCCAAACCCCCCCCCCCCCCCCACCCCUUCCCGCCAAGCGAAUCGAGUCCAAACCAAACAUCAGUAUUAGCAUUCCACCAGUCCAAAGGCGGCACGUUUUGCGGAUAUUCAAAGUCCUCGAUAUUGACCACCGGGCUCGGAGAUACGGCGUAAGUGAGUGAGCGCUCGCGUGUGUUUGUCAAAGGGCGAGCAAAACAGGGACAGGGAGACAGUGCCAGUAAAAGCGACACAAGAACAUAAAGCACACCACCACCUCGUGGCCAAAGAGUUCGUGGUCUUUGGCAGGCGCUAAACUGGUUCUGCUCGGUUCACGGCGUCACGCCGUUCCGGGAGUAAACGGCAAGCCAGCGUGUGGACUUAGAAGGGAGGCUUUCAUUUCACGGUCAACCCAUUAAUCAACGGCGGCGGUUUUCGGACACUGAUGUAGGCGCGGGCGUGCGCGAGAGCAAGGCGUGGCAUGGGCGAUGGCUUGGGGCGAGCUGGGAAACAUGUGAGACCCGCCCUCACCCCCCUCUACCGAAAGGAUCCUUCUAGCUAGGAAACAGAAGUAACGUUUAAGUGCGGCACACAUUUCUCCUAUUAUCAUUCAUUCACUGUCUGAAGCCAAAAAAAUACAUUUAAUGCAUGCUACAAGAGUGGCGUUUUGUUUCGAACAUUGAUCGAGGAUCGCGCAGAUCGUCCACUUUGGUUUUGUUGGUUUUUGGACAGGAAGUCGCUUAAGAAAUCACACUGACAGCUAGGCCACCGAAACAAAAAAAUCAUGCACCGCAUUCAAGGUCCAAACGCAUUCUCACAACAUCCUGCCUGCAGAUUGUGCCAAAAUAACAAAAAUAUGCGCUUCACCCAAGGUUAGUGCUUAUCCCUGGUCAGCAACUCUUUUGGCAAACGCGCCCGAAUUCUGCAAGCCAUCCGAAACA